AUGACCACGACAGUGAGGCACGGAAAGUCGAGUUCGAAGUCUUCCGAAAUUGUCAACUGGCUAGGUUCGUUAUCAUAUAAAAAAUAUCGUUUCAAUUUAGGAGUUACUUUUCUCAACCAAGAUAAUUUCUCAAAAGUUUCCUAGAAAUGUUGAUUUUUCUUUCCGCUUUGUUUAAUGUUAAUGUUUUAAAUGUAGUUUACUAUCAAACUUGUCAAUCAAAACUUCGAAAAAGAUAAGGACCAAGUCUUUUUCCAGUUUCAGCAUGAAGGAAGGUGGGUAGUUUUUCACGAGGUUUUUUUUGUCGCAGAAAAUCAGGGAUGUAAAAUCGCAUCGCGGCAUAACAAUUUAAUUAUAGUAAAAUGUUUUAAAUGCUGUUAUUUUCGAAUUUACGUCGCGUUUUGGUAUUCAGUUUUGUCCAAAAUAUGUCUUCUCUGCUAUUUCUAAAUUUUUUUCUUGAAGAAACACUCAAAUUUAGUAAAAUAUCCUGAAAAUAGCUCUGUUCAGAAGCCUCGUCGAUUCCACUGGAAGAGCAGCCGUCGCGGCACGAGUCCGUUUUGUUGAGCAGCGACGCCAGCGACUACGAGCACGCCUGCGACGAGGACGACGACGACGACGCCGAAGAUCCGCCGUCGGCGAAAGUCGCGUCACCGCCAAAUAUGGUCCUGAAAAUUGCUCUCAUAGCGCUUCUCUACUAUCCGCUCUCCAUCGGCUUGACUUUCUACCAGAAAUGGUUCAUCAAGGUCCGUUCAUAAAUAGGAUUAUAUACAUAUUUAAAAAGAACCAAAUAUUUGUAAAUUACUCAAUCUAGUUUUUUCUACCCUCUUUCUGUUUACUUUGCUUAGAAGAAAUCGAAGUAAAGUUGCUUGAUAGCGACGUUAAUUGUUUCAGACAUAUAAACUUCCGCUUCUCGUGGUCAGUGGACACUAUGUCGUCAAAUACACGUUGGCCGUCGUCAUUCGCGCUCUGUACGAAUGUGUCAAAGGGCCACGCGCAAGAGUCUCCUUAAGGGAUCAGUUGAGGUUGGAUAUCAGUCGCUAAUUUUAAUCAAUAUUCCAAAGUUUGUCUCUUAGCAAUUAAUUUGGUAUUAUUUUUAACACUUGUUGAAACGCCAUAAAAGCACACGGAAUGGCUCAAAACAACACGUUUGCAUAUUUUCGUCAUUUCGAGUUUGCGUUCCGAUUUUGGUGCUCGUUCCUUAAUUGCACCCGACCUCAAGCUUUUCUCCUCGCGCCGUUUUGAACAGUUUUUCGCCAUGUCGUCUCAAUUCGUGAGAAACGGAGUAUACAAAUACUUUUUCUACAGAUGGCUGGCCCCUAUCGGAAUAUGCGCUUCUCUGGACAUCGGCUUGUCGAAUUGGGCUCUGGAAUACGUGACGAUCAGCCUCUACACAAUGGCCAAAUCGUCUUGUAUUCUCUUCAUCGUCGCUUUUUCUCUUCUACUGAAGCUGGAAAGGUUUUUUUUUUUAAAUUGAAAUUCAAGCUAUACGGUGUAUGAUUUGACCACAGAAAGGCGUUUCUAACAUUUCCUAGGAAUGGUUUUUUUUUUUUGUUGGUCUUCUAAAACUAUUUGCGACAUUUAAAAGGUUCUACAAUUAAGUUCACUUCUAACCAGGGAAUGGUCUCAGCUCACAGUGGGACUUCUGAAAGAGACCAUAUUUUCUAGAUGUAGUUUUUUACGCUGAUUCCAAAUCCGUUUUCAAAAGCUGCCACCGAGGUCUGUGAAAAAAGUUAUGGACCCUCAAAUGUCGAAAAUUUCAUAGUCUCCGAUCGAGCUCAUUUUUGGAGGGUAUAUAGGUCUUGUCCCCCUGGCCACAAAAAACCAUCGAAUUCUUCUCGAAAAAAUUCCGAAGCCAAGAUAUGACCUUUCAAAGCCCCGCCGCACACAAGAGAUUGCGCGCGCGGUGUCCUAUUGCGAUCUGACGGCUGUCGAAGCAACGGCAGCGAGGAGCAGUGGAAAGGCGGCGGACUGGGGAUCACGAGGUCAUAGGUUCGGUGCCCACGCUGUGCAAACUUUUUUUGCAGUUUUUUCUUUUUUGGAUAUUUCCGUGUAAGUGCUCCUUUUUUGAGUUUCGAAACGUAGAAACAUGAAAACACUGCGUUUUGAGCCUAUUCAAACAGCUGGACUUCUUUUUGUCGCAAAUUUUUUUCAUGGAUUUUUUCGUGAUUUUCCAUGUGUAUGAGCAUAGGUUAGAGUAUCGAAAUUUUCAGAAAAAUUUUCAUGGCUUUUUUUUUGAAUCUUUUCUUUUUCCAAAUAUAGUCUAACCACAAGUCAUCAUGGCUACGCUUGUCGAUCACAGAAAAACAUUUUUUUUUACUUCAAUAAACUCUUCGUGCUUUGCAGUGGGCUCACCUAUGACCGUCGUUUUUUUCCGUCUGACUAUGAACUUUCAGGAAUUACAUUGAACGAAACAUUUUUUUGGGGAGUUUGUUCUAAAUUUUUUAUUUAUGAAUCAAAGAAACCUCCUCGGGAAUUUCAGCCACAACCAGAAAUGAAAUUGAAAGUUUUUUUCUUCUCGUAGAGUGGUAAGUAAAAACCAGAGCCAAAAAUUCCGAAAAAAAAUGUCUGCGUUUUCUACCAUCGCCGUUAUGAAAACUUGCGUCUAGCCAGCGUUCAAAAAAAAAAAAGAAAACAAAAAAAAUUUUUCUGAAAAUUUUGACACUCCAACACAUGGAAAAUCACGAAAAAAACCAUGAAAAAAAUUUGCGACAAAAAGAAGUCCAGCUGUUUGAAUAGGCUCAAAACGCAGUGUUUUCAUGUUUCUACGUUUCGAAACUCAAAAAAGGAGCACUUACACGGAAAUAUCCAAAAAAGAAAAAACUGCAAAAAAAGUUUGCACAGCGUGGGCACCGAACCUAUGACCUCGUGAUCCCCAGUCCGCCGCCUUUCCACUGCUCCUCGCUGCCGUUGCUUCGACAGCCGUCAGAUCGCAAUAGGACACCGCGCGCGCAAUCUCUUGUGUGCGGCGGGGCUUUGAAAGGUCAUAUCUUGGCUUCGGAAUUUUUUCGAGAAGAAUUCGAUAGUUUUUUGUGGCCAGGGGGACAAGACCUAUAUACCCUCUGAAAAUGAGCUCGAUCGGAGACUAUGAAAUUUUCGACUUUUGAGGGUCCAUAACUUUUUUCACAGACCUCGGUGGCAGCUUUUGAAAACGGAUUUGGAAUCAGCGUAAAACACUACAUCUAGAAAAUAUGGUCUCUUUCAGAAGUCCCACUGUGAGCUGAGACCAUUCCCUGGUAAGAAAGCAGAAAAAUGGAUUUGACCGCUGCUUGGCCCACAUAUUUAGGCUUAUAAAAGCCUUUUUUUUUGAAGAUGGCGCCCGACUCUUGGCUUUGAAACGGCCCUCAUCGCCUGCGGAUUGUUCCUCUUCACUUGGCAAUCUUCCCAACUCGACUUGACCGGACUGAUGCUCGUCGAACUGGCCGCCGCCUGCACAGGAGUCAGGUUGGUCGAUAACCUUCUCAUUGUUCAAAAUUAAAGUGGAAAUAGUAGAAAUAAUCAUGUCCCGCGAAUAGUUCCGUUAUCUUUCUACCCUAUGAAAAGACGUUAUUAUUUCGGGCUUUUUAUCUUUUAUUCAUUCGGUCUCUGUACAGAAAGGUUGCUUGAGAACUCGAAAUGUCUCGACCUCGCGAGACAAAAUCCUUUUUUUCGAGAUAAAUAUGUCGAUUUUUAGGUCGAAAUUGCAAUCUUUGAGCUUUUUCUCUCGAAAAAACUUCGAAAAAUUUGUUUCGUAUCGAUUUCAAGAAAGCACAUCUCGUACAACCUUGCUGCACUGCUCACAAAAUUUUCUGACAUUUUUAAAAUUUCUGCGACGACUGAUGCAUGAUAAAUUCUUUUUUUGAAGUUAAAUGUUUCACUUCAAUAAUUUCAGUUUUACAUCAAAGGUUAUUUCCAAACAGGAUAUCCAAAAACUGCAGAAAAGACUUGUUCUGUUUUUUAGCCUGAUAAAGGAGUUAUUUUUGAAAUAUAUCCGACCAGUUUUAAUGAUGCAGAAUUUGAGAUGGACGGUUUCGCAGCUGGUGAUGCAAAAAGAUGAAUCGACUGUCCGAAAUCCGCUGGACAUGGUGGCCCAUGUGCAGCCUUGGAUGAUGAUUCCCAUUAUCCCCAUGAUAUUUUUCUUCGAAGGCUCGUUUACACCUUUUUUGUACAAGUUUCCGAUUUGCAAAGGAAGAUAAACUAACCCUACAUCAUUGCGCUUCUUCUGUAGGAUUUUACACUUUUUUGCCUUUUUGAUUUUAUAGAUGUAGGCCUUCAGAGGAAAAGAAAAGAUUGGGAAAAAUGAUACUUUGCCGUAUCGAAAGACUGUGAAACCUUCGAAAUAAAACGAUGAUUUCUCUUGGCCACGAGAAUAAAUUUUAACGUACGAGAAAGCUUUUUCAAGAGAUUAAUAUAACUGAAGAGUCAAUUAAUAAAUCCAAUAAGAUUUUCGCUUUGAACAAUACUCAAUCCCAAAGAAUUUUAUAGCUUUUCGGCUUUGACAAGGAAUAAAAUCCCUUUUUCGCUCCCAAACUCCCGGAUUUUUAGGACCAGAACUGAGUUGGGACGCAGUUUUGUCCUACAAUCGGUCCUACGAUCCUUGGCUCGUUUUUUGUCUGAUCGCCGCCGGCGGAAUUCUCGCUUUCUGCAUGGAACUCAGUGGUUAGUUUCUCUUCCAGGGGUGACAAAAAACAUCGAUGGAAACAGAAUAAACAUAAGGAACCAAAAAUGUUUGUUAGUUUGAAGAAGAUUUUUUAUGUUUUUGGCGUAUCGGAAAUUUGUCGCUUUUUUAUUUUCGUUAUUUUCGUAAGCGUUUAAAACAUGUAUAUAAUAAUUUAAUUUUUUUAAAUGAUUUUUUCCAGAUUUUAGUUUUUUUCGACUCUUAGGUUUGCACAAAAAUGCGUGAAUCACAAAAAGCUUUCUUGUUUCAUUCCUCUUUUUUAUCUGAUUGUUCUAGGAUCUUACUCUUUGAAAUUCACUCAUUCUCAAUUAUUAUUCUUUGUUUAAGAAGUUGUUAGAGGCUACCUGGGAUGAAUAUCUUUUCUCAGUUUUUGUUUUAUUAAAUAUUCGAAACCAAGUGGGAUACUUGCAGAAUACUUGCUGCUGGUCAACACUUCAGGGAUCACUUUGAACAUUUUCGGAAUCGUGAAAGAAGUCGCGACUUUGUUACUCGCUCAUGUUGUGAAUCACGACAGAUUGACGCAGGUAUGGAAAUGGUUCAAAUGAAUCGAAAUUUUCAAAAAAACAAAUGGUUUCAAGGCAUAAACAGGCUAUUUUCUCUUUUUAUAGAGUUGUGUUUUGGUUUUCAUUUCGUUUCAAAAUAGCCUCGUGAAUUCAGAAACAAAUAAUAUUCGGCGGAAAAAAACAACCUAAAUAAAUAAAAGGAGAAAAAAUCAAUUAGAUGACCUUUAAAAGCACAUGAGUUUUUUAAAACCCUUAGAAGAACUGUGAGUUAACCUAAGAGAGAGAUUGAAGAAGUCUGCAAAAAAUGAAGUCCUUUCGAAUACUACUCAGCUUCAAAAACACCAAGACGUCUAUAUCUCUUUUUUGAAGUAUAACGGAGAGAGGGGAUAUUUUGCAGGUGAACGUGGUCGGCCUUGUCUUGUGUCUGUCGGGGAUGCUCGUCCACGCGAUGACGAGACGACGACAAAGGUUUGUAUCUACUUUCUUUCUGAAAAGUUCUAUUUCAAUCCUAUUAACUCUAUUUCUAACUUUUAUUUAUUUUUUUAGUUUUUUUAUUUUUUAUUUUUUUGCGUUACGCGAGAAAACUUUUUUUAAGGUUUUCCAAAAAAGAAAACAUUGAGAAUAUUGAAUCUCGAGUGUUAUUUUGAAAAAUCCCAUAAAAGUCAAUAGAGCAAACGAUUUUUAUAAGCUAUAUGAAAUUUUCAUAGUUUCUGUCACGAUUUGAACUAACCAUUCCCCCCAGAAAAAAAGAAGUUUGAAUUAACGGAGCAAUGAGUGGAAUGCAGGAAUUUGCUGGCGGCGGAUUCCAAGCCGCUGUUGACCUCGGCAAAGUCCGUCUAACCCCGGAGGCUCGACGAUUUCGACCCUUUAUUUCGCCUUCCUUUUUUCAGUUCUCUCUUGAUUUGAAUCAGUGUUGUGAGGAAUUCCCGAAGCUUGAAUUAUGGGUUUAUUCGAGCUUCAUUUCACUAUUGAACAACGGUUUGAAGAAGCACAAAAAAAACUGAAAAGUCGCUUCAAGAUCACACAGCUAAUCUAAGACAGAAAAUGCUAAAGCUAAAUUCCAUUCCUUAUAGCUCUUCUCGGCGCGUUAAACACUUCCUCAAAUAAUUUUUGAAUUCGCUUGUGAAAUCUUCAAAUCGUGUAAUCAGAAAAAUAAUUUUCAAUGUACUUUCGAAUCUCACAACCUUGGUUCAAACCGUGAAGAAUUUUUCUUCUUUUAUCGAAUCCACCUAAUUAUCUAAUUUGCCUCUGAACACUUACUUUGUUCACGUUUCAGUGAGCAUUCUUUUCAUCAAAAUCGAACGUAAGUUGACAUUCGCAUGAAAAAAGCAAAGAAAGAAAAUGUAUUAUAGGCCAUUCCGCGCCAGCUUGUCACGUUUUUCUUUCCGCCAAAAGGCCAGGUCAAAUUUAACCAACUUUCGCUUCAAGACCGUUGUUUCUUGCCGUUAUGAAAGCAGAAAUUUGAUCUAAUUUGGUAUAGUCUCUUCAGAUUUUGAAUGUCAAGCAGCUAACUCCACCCCCAAGGCUACAAAAUAUCUUUCGCGCCAAUGUUUUAUAUCCAGAUGACGAUGGCCAUUUAAUAAGGCUGCAUUUUUGACUUCUGUUUCUAUCUUUUAGAUCAAAAAAGAUCAAAAUUAGUCCCGCGCGAUAAAACCUCCACGCGAAAAAGUACCUUCUCAGCAGGGGCGGAGUUAGUGGGUUGACAUUCAAAAUCUGAACAGACUAUAUACUUUUUGGCGGAAAGAAAAACGUGACAAGCUGGCGCGUGAAAAUUUGAAGUGCAUUUCUAUGCAGCAAGUCCUUGAGCAUGAAAAAUGAGCUUCAUUGGAAGUGAUAAAAACUUUUUUCGGGAUAAAAAUAUUUCUGACUUUACGUUUUAAAUAAGUGCUUAAUUAUUUAAAGCUUCUUUCUUUACCCUUUUUCCAUAAACGCGGCCCGAAAAUCGGCUAUACGUUUCGAGAUUGCAAAUAUUCUAUUGCAUGAUUUUCUCCUCCAUCAGUUUUUUUCUCCGGCCAAUUCAAUGUUUUUCUUCGGGAUUCGGGUCAUAUCUUGACUUCAGUUUAGAACUUUUUGUCAAACUGGCAUGUGAAAACAAAUUGGGAGUAAAUAUUUUCUUUUUCGAAAAAUGAAAGAUUUGAAACUUUUGCAUGUGCUUCAUGUGCUUUCCUGUUUUUUGUUCCUAAAAUGGUUUUGGAAGUUGCAGAUCGCGGCCGACCAACGAACUUUCGUCGGAAGACACGCGAAAGCUGCUGCUGUCCGAGGAUGCAUGA